CCACCAAAAGAAAAAGCUAGCUGUUGCACUUAUGCGCAGUGGGCAAUAUUUUACUCAAAUAAUCCAAAUGGCUGUGUACAUGCACGUCAGUUGGGAUGAUGAUCGGACAAAACCACCUCUCAAUUGGAUUGAAACUUCAUUCUGAUCGGGCUGAAUUGGAUCAGAACAUUUCGAUUGACAUGUUUACAUGUAGAAUUUUUGAUCUGAUUGGGCGUUCAAUCUGAAUAGUUGUGCCCAUGUAAAUGUGGCUACUGACAGUUCUUAAGCCAAUUUUAGUUGUUUCUGCAAUCUCCGUAAAUGUUUUCACUGCCCUAUUCAUGCUAAUCAUUUGACCCUUCUCAAAACAGACGAACAUCUUUUACACGACCACCAGAUGUGUUUUUCUACAUAGCUGUUUAAGAAAUGAGAAGCAACUCACUGCAGCAGUUGGAGUUAAAUAACUUGUUGCCAGUUGAAAGAUUAUCGCCCAUGCAGUAAUUGUCCAAUAGGAGGCUCCUCUCUGUUUGCUUAAAUAAAUCUAGGUGGCAACUUCUUUUUUAGGCAAGGCAGUGUGUUUGCAUUCUAAUGCAGUAAGAAUUUUCUACACGUUUUUAUAUAUAGCGUAAAUGUAUAAAAAACAAAGCUACAAUAUGGGAACAGCAGUUUGUCACUAACUUGUAUUGAGUAGCUGAUGCUUGUCUGAUGCAGGUCUCACCUGAGGCAAUCCAGAGUCAGAUGCCGGAAGACAACCUGAAGCAGACUGAUCCCAACCUGAUUUCUACCAACAGGAAUGCAGAGGUCUCACCUGAGGCAAUCCAGAGUCAGAUGCCGGAAGACAACCUGAAGCAGACUGAUCCCAACCUGAUUUCUACCAACAGGAAUGCAGAGGAUCUGAGUGAAGAAACCACUUUCCUUUCAUCAGCUUGCAACGUGGAACAGUGUCAAAAACAUUACCUAGUUUGUGCAACUUUGUCAUCAUUGGACAAGUGUGCUCAAUGUGUGGGACCGGUUUCUUCCAUGAAAUGGCUUGGAUAUCAGUGCAAAUUUUGUUCAACAGUCUGGCAUGCCUACUGCCUUAAACGAUUAAAAAAAAAUAUUCAAGACCAACUCCAGCAUUCAUCCCAGGAAAAGGAGCUAUUUGAAUAUUCAGCUGGCCACUCAUCAGACAAGGACACAGAAGUACUGCCAGAAUCGCAUGACAUCUCAGACGAUCAGUGUAAUUCAGAUGAGGACUAUAUACCAGAUUCUGAAGAUGAAGAUGAAGAUGAAGAUUCAAAAGUUUCACUUUUGUCUAAACAGUCUACUGUUGGACAAAAAGAAAGAAACCUGGCAAUACUUGAUACUAAUAUGAUUGAGGAGUGUCACACAAUUUCAGAACCUGUACCAAGCCCAUCACAAUGUUGGCCUCCUAUUUGCAGAGAUAAAAUGGGUGACAACGCAGCUGGAACAUUAGGCCCAGCCACUUCUCUUGAAGACAGAGUCUCACAGAAAAAACUGGAGGGUCAAGACAAGCAGGAAUCCACUCUACAAAUGAGUAACAAAAACUUUUGCUUUGUUUGUGGUAAGCCACAAAGCAAAAUCGCUCGUCAUUUAAGAACCCACAAAGAUCAUGCUGAAAUAGCUUACGCCUUUUCGCUGCCUGAUGAUUCCAAAAAACGCAAAGUCCUUGUAGAAAAAAUGCGAAACAAGGGUAAUUUUAGACAUAACACAAAGGUUUUACAAGCUGGACAAGGACCUUUGAAAGUAAAGCGAAUGCCAAAAGCUAAAGUGGAGUCUAAAAAGUUUAUUCAUUGCAUGUACUGCCAGGGUAUGUACAUUCGAAAGGAUUUGUGGAGACAUGUCCGUAGAUGUCCCUGUAAGCCAGUAAAUGAAGAUCCUAAUGAAAAAUGUGGAAGAACCAAAGUACUGGCUUUGGCUAUGGCUCAAGAAUCGACAAUGUGUCAGCAGAUUUCAGAGGGAGUUUGGAAACUCCUCAGUGUCAUGAACCAGGAUGAUGUAGCAUCAGUUGUGAGAAAUGACCUUACUAUCAUUCAGUUUGCCCAGUCACUCUACAACAAACAUGGAAAAGACCCUACCAAGUAUGAGUACAUACGACAGAAACUUCGUGAAGUUGGACGUCUCUUGUUAUGUCUGCGCACCGAAUUCUCUAUACAUAAUCUAGAGGAUGCUGUGAAACCUGCAAACUUUCAGAAAGUUGUGCAGGCAAUAAAGACUGUGGCAGGAUUCAAUGAAGAAACAUGUUCAUACCAAAUACCAAGCCUUGCAUUGAAACUAGGACAUACAUUGCAGAAAGUCUGUGACAUCAUCCAUUGUCGAGCGCUAAUAGCAGAAAGUGAAGAACUGAUCAGAUCUACAGAGGUUUUCAAAAAACUAUACAACUCCAAAUGGUCUGAGUUAGUGUCCCAUACUGCCUUGAACACUCUGAGUCAGGCCAAGUACAAUAAGCCACUUACCUUGCCAUUCACAGAAGAUGUUCAAUGUCUUCAUCAGUACCUUAAAAAAGCUGGAGAAACCGCCUUUUGCAACUUGUCUGAGAAGGCCACUCCCAAGACUUAUGGAGAACUUGCAAAGGUUACUCUUGCACAGGUGAUUGUGUUCAAUCGUAGACGAGCAGGAGAAGUUUCAAAAAUGCACUUGCAAGGUUUUCAGAAGAGAGAUGACACAAAGCUCCAUGAAGAUGUUGCCAUGGGGUUGUCCAAGGUUGAACAGAAGCUCUGCAACUAUUUCAGUAGAGUGGAAAUCAUGGGAAAGAGAGGCCGGAAGGUUGCAAUUCUUCUCACACCAAAGGUGGUGGAUGCUUUGUCACUACUGACCACUAAAAGAGACGAUUGUGGUGUUAGUCCCACAAACCUCUUCCUUUUUGCAAGACCUACCUCACAGAGUCACUACAGAGGACAGGAUUGUUUGCGUUUUUAUGCAAACCAGUGUGGGGCAAAGCACCCAGAGUUUCUUAGGUCAACACACCUCCGGAAACAUGUUGCCACACUCUCACAAGUCUUGAACUUAAAAAAUAAUGAACUUGACCAGGUUGCAGACUUCUUGGGUCACGACAUCCGUGUUCACAGGGAAUUCUACAGAUUACCAGUUCCAACUACACAGUUGGCAAAGAUUUCCAAGCUGCUUUUGUCUAUGGAAAAAGGACAACUUUCCACUCUGCAAGGAAAGUCUCUUGAUGACAUUGAUGUUGAAGAUGAACUUGCAUUGAGUGACACUGAAGCGAUGGAAAGUGAGAGUGAAUCAGACGACAGUGAGUCUGAGAGAUCGGCACACGAAUUUCGGAACACUGUACUUGUGGAAGCUGCAGACUCUACACCAACUAUGCCACAGAUGACGCCACAGAGGAUGCCACAGACUACCCCUGACACAGAUAACAUUGGAGUUGUGUCAACAUCCUCAAUAGAGGAUGCCAACCAAACUUUGGAUGAAAAAUCUUCUAACCAAGAACUCAGAAGAGGACCAAAGAAACCCUGGUCUACUGCUGAAGUUGUUGCUGUAAUGCGACAUUUCAAAAAUCACAUAAGUAAAGGAAAACUGGCCUCUAAAACUGAAUGCAGCCAUUGUAAGUUGGUUGAGGGCCCUGUGUUAGCCAACAGAACUGUGCAAAAUAUAAGGGACUUUGUGAGAAACCGUGGCAUAGCUGCCAAGAGGCAAGCCCUGAAGCAAAAAUAAAUCAGUCACAGAAGUUUUUUUUUUUUUUUUUUUUUUGCAUUGAGAUGGUUCUUGCUGGUAUAUUAUGUUCACAAAUAUUAAGCUAGCAUUUAAUUUCAUUAGUUCAAUGCAAAGAUUCUAAAACCUGGUGCUCCAAAGAGUGUACAUUAUUUUUUUCCCUAAGAUUGUUUAGCCUAUUUUUUUUAUUUAUUUUUUGUUCAUGAUUGUUAAAACUGAAUGCAACAUUUGUACUUUCUUCAGUGGUACAAGAUUUCAUUAGCUCACUACAAAGAUUGUAAACACUGAUGCUCUAAAGAGUGCACUUUACUUUUUUUUCUAAGACAUACGGCAGGGCAAUUAUUGUUUCAAUUAUUGUUAUUUGGUUUAAACCAUGUUCUAUUUUUACCUGAUGAAUAAACAGUCAUCAGUGA